AUAAUUUAUAAUUCAGUUUAAAGUUGUAUGGUUUAUAAAAUUGUGUUCUAACUGAAAUUAAUAGUGAAGUGUGUGGUGAAAGGAUUUUCCAGUGUCAUUUUAUUUGAAUGAGCUGCGCACCGACCGCCAUCAUGCCGUCGCAAGCGCGCUGCGACCGCGUCCCCCCCACCGACGGCACCCCCUGGGGCGCCCUCGACCUCACCUUCCAAGAUGACGACUUGCCUAUCGACCCUCGUCGGUGGAACCGCCAGCAGGUGGGCUCGUGGGUGUCGCGCCGCGGCGGCCGUGCCGAGCGCUUUCCCAUGAACGGCAAGGCGCUGUGUCUCAUGACCCGGGACAUGUUCCUGGCCAGGGUACCUGGGAAGGGACACGAGCUAUACCAGGACUUCAGAAGAAGGCUCGCCAAGGCUCUGGCGCUACAGGAAUUGCUCGAAAAAAUGGUGCCGAAGUGA